AAUAUAGAACAUCACCAGACUGCGAGGAGAUUAGAGCUGCACCGACCUGUGAUCAUUAGCAGCUUUCUCAAAUCUUCAACAAUUUCUGUCCCUUUCGAAAUCCAGCGAAAUUCUAACAGUGGGGUGACUGAAUUUGUUUUUAUGAAGAAUUCGUUUGGGGAGACUGCGGAAUUAGAGCAGGCUUACAGUAAAGUACAAAUCCUGAGAAUUGUAGUUUUCAAAACUGAAGCUGAACCAAUUUCAGAACCAUUUGGCUGUCACUGAUUAGAAUCAUGAAGAAAUUUAAAAGGGUCUUCGGAGGAGGCAGCAAGCUUGACGCCAAAAUGAAUCUGUCAUCACAGGAAGCGAAGCCUUCGAGAAAAAGUCCAAAACCAAAUGCUGAAAAGAAAUAUCAGAAACUAACAUCAUUGUUUUCAGCAUUAUCCCACAAUGUGGCUUCAAACACAGAACAGGCAUUGGGUUCAACAGACGACGCUGUGGAAAUUAUAGAAAUCAAUGGCAAGCUCUGGCAUUCAGUAAAACUGCUAACAGAACAAGACAUCAAAGAACUUAUUGAACAAAAAAGAUAUUUUAAGGCUGACCAGCAUCUCAUCAAGUUAGAACAUGAACAAUACACUAAUGAUACCACAGGCAAAAAUGAUGAAAGCACGAUAAAGGAAAGGAAAGAAAUUGAUUCACUGUAUGAGCUGCUUAGCUCAGAAAUUUUCACAGUGGUGAAAGAAUCAUUGAACAUUUCCAAAGAACAUCCAAAUCUCUUGAAAAUGGCAGUGCAGGUGAAAAUCCAAGAAGGAAAAGCAGAUCAAAUGUACCUGGAGGAAAAGGAAAAAUCGGGAAGUAUUCCAGCGGUUAGACCAAGAGAAUGGGACACCAAAUGGCAGAACAUUUUACAGCACUCUGUGGAUGAAAGAAUAGGCAAACUACCCAGUGGAUCUGAUGACAACAAAACUGCGUGGCUCACACAAUGUUUAGCACAGCUUUGUAGCCAACUCGAAGCAGAUUUAAACACCAUUGUGAACUGCAUUAAACCAUGUUAUCCCCAGGAAUACAAUAUAUGUGCAAAGUAUGCUGAAUGCUAUCAUAAAAAUGUUUCUUCGCACAUCGCCUUAUUGGCAGAAAGUGGACUCAAAGGAAAAGAAGUUUAUCCACUUCUGUAUUGGAUUUACAAUUGUUAUCCAGAUAUAAUGAGUACUAUCGUGCCAUCUGAAGAUGUAAGUCAGCAACUGUUGAACACCCUGCUCCCAGAUAAGACAAUCGGUCAUCUGAAAAAUGAGUACAUUUCUGCUUUACAGCCAGAUACUAGAAUGCACAUGAUUAAAAGUCUGCAUAUAGAAGAGAAAAGUUGGAGGAGUGAAGAAGAGCCUAUGGUGUUAAAUGAUUGCUACCACAGCGAGUUGUCUACUGACAUAAUUCAGAUAAUUGACGCAGCAGUUCAAGCCACCGGAAAUCUCACUUGUGAACUGGGUGACCUAGCACUAAACAUUAUGCUAAAAGAAACAAAGUACUUCCUGGGAAGCUUCCAGAACUCAGCAGAGGAUUUUGAAAAAAACCAUUUUAGCCAUCCAAAUUUCAUUCCAGUUGUAAUCUCAAUUGCCAACAGCUAUGAAACUAUCAGGGAUUAUCUGAAUAAAAAUGAGAAAAUCACAAAUAUUGUGCUGAAAGAAAAUAUCCUUUCAAUUCUGAAUGAAAUGGAAAAGAGGAGAAAAGGCAUUUUGUUAAAGACCUUGUUUUGUAAAUUAAAGCCUCACCUCAAAAAGCUGGUGACAGAUAAAUGGCUUGCCUGCCCGGAGCCUAUAGAAAAAAUCUUUGAAAUAACAGAGGAGCAUCUCACAAAGUUAAAGAAAUUGAAACCACCACAGUAUCAGGAUCUAUUGAAGAAAAUCCAUGAGCAGCUCAUUACAGAAUAUAUCCUAAGAAUUAUGAAGAAAAGGGUGAUUUGCAAAACAGGAGAUCAACAAAAACAAUUGGCAGACCAGAUACAGAAUGAAGCUGAUCAGUUACAGGAAUUACUCCGUUUCUUUGGAUCUGAAGAUACAUUUCUAGAGUCUGCUCUCCCUAAAGUAGCUGAAAUCAUCAGGCUGAAAGAUGUCAAUGCAAUUGUAAUCGAAGUUGCUGCACUCUUCCAAGACUUCCCAGAUGUUGGAGAACAGCAGAUUAGAGCCAUCUUACAUUCAAAAGCCAACAUGAAAAAAUCAGAUGAAAAGAAGAUUCUGAACAUUCUCAAUACUCCUAUGAACAACACAGACCCAUCCAUGUACAGGAAACUCUUUUCUAAUCCUACCAUUCUUAAGGCUUUCUAGAAAUCAACUCAUCAUUGGGAAAUCAUGCAGCAAAAGAAUGAUUUUUUGAGUAAACAUUGAACAGAGCAUAGCCAAACGUAGCACAAUCAAAUGGUAACUUAUCACAUCAUUUGUGACAUUUCUCCUUUUCCCACAACUCAAUCACCCUAUGGUUGAUUAUCUAAUUAGAAAGAAAACAGUUACACUUUUAUGGAGUAGCUGUCACAUUCUCAGCUUGUUCAAAAUAACUUUACCAUUUUUAGUGAUUUCUGACUACAUCGUCACAGAAUGACCUUGGUGCAAUAUGUGUUAAAAAUGCUACUGUCAAACUGAAGUUAAUCCUAAGGGGAAUAAAUUCAUAGGACAGCAAGGCUUAGAGUUGCACAUUAGGAUUCAGGUGGCGUGCUGUAGACUAAGCUAAGUCCAUUGACAUUCUAGUGUUUGUUCGGAUGUUGUUGCUGCUGAGACACUUUAACUCAUUCAAAUUAAGUGGUGGCAGUGGGGAGUGGGGGUCAUUAUCAAAUUAUAUUGAUGGAUUCUGCUCCUGGUUGGGGAGAGUAGUCUGCUUGACUAAAAACAGAGGAGGCAGGCUGAUGUGAAACAGACCAACAGACUGCAGCAACAUGAGGUUCUGCUCUGGCCUGAAGGUCACACUGUAGAGGUUCGAUUUCUUACAGUCAGUAUUUGCACAGAAAGUAAAUUCAUUCCAAAAACUUCAUGAAGACAGUCCAUGCAUUUUUUUAUUUGUUCUUGGGGUGUGAGCACCAUUGACAAGACCAACGUUUAUUGCUCAUCCAUAAUGGCACUUGAACUGAAUAGCUUGCUCAGCCAUUUCAGAGGGGAAUUAAUUGUCAACCAUGUUGCCAAGGUUCUGGAUACACAUGCAAGCCAGACCAGGUAAGGACAGCAGAUUUCCUCCCCUGAAGGGCAUUAGUGAACAAUCUGGUAGUUUCAUCAUUAUUAUUAAUGAGAUUAAUUUGAGUUUAAAUUGCCCCAACUCCUUCAGAGCAUUAGUCUAGGCCUCUGUGGAUUAUCAAUCAAGUAACAUUACCACUAUGCUACCGACCCACUAAAGGCAAGCUUGCAUUGUGUUUUUGUAUAGAAGUGAAGCGAAGUGGAAUGAGUGAAUUAUAAUUAUAGCUGGUACUCUGUGGUCACUUGUUCUGCAAUAAAGCAGCUUAAUGAUUCAUACUUGGCUUCAUCUCACAGUGUAAUUGUGAUGUCACUGAACACGAGCAUGUAUCUAUUGUAAAUCUACCUGAAUAUGUAACAACAACCGAUGGAUUGCUCUUUGAAAUGGAGCCAUUGUUAUUCUGUAGGGAAACUCAGCAGUUAACUUGAAAUUUAGAAGUGCCGGCAGAGUUUGACUUUGUGUCCUUGUCCACUGGAAUAAGAUUUUAAACUGCAUACAACUUUUACAGAGAAAACUUCGGUCCCAUUAGUUUAUUCUGGAUUUGAACCUGGAGAUGAAACUGAAUGUUUCCACCAUUAAUGCCAUACAUUUUAUAGUUUAAAAAAAUUACCAACUCAGAAAGGUUAUCUUUGACUCCAGAUGGUAUUGAUGUCUUCUCAAUUCCAACAUCAACACAGAAUUCUAUACCAAGAAUCAGCUUUUACUUUAAGGAUUUACCUGAUAUAAUAUGAGGUAGAAUAGUCACUAAAAAGUCAAAAUUUCUCACCCAAUCAAUGUUGGAUUUUCUGUUGUUAGCUUUAAUUGGAUGAUAGGUGAAACAUUUCGAUAUGGGUGAACACAUAAACAAGACUGAUACCACACAGAAAGUAUUUUAAAUAGAAACAAUUUUCACAAUUUGGAUCAUGAAGUUAUGAGAUUCUUCAGAUUGUUUUCCAUGCCAAUUAUCACCGGUCUAGAGUUACAUGAUACCAGGGCAGGCACAGUUAUAAGAAUGUCUCAUGGACAUAAGAAUAAGAGAGGGGUAGCUCUCUCUCUCUCCCUCUCUCUCUCUAGCUAUAUAGACUAUAUGUGUAUACACACACACACUGUCUCUUACAUUUUGAGCCAAUAAGCUUCUUUAUAAACAUUAGGCUGAAAAUCAAUGUUGAUGGUACCAGAGAGUGGAUGGUCAACACUUUUAUUGGACUAUUCCACUAUCCAGUAUUGUAAUGGAUCCUUGCCUUUAAAAAAAUUGUAGGGAGAGGAGUGCCAAAUCAACAGGAUAAGCAUAUGCUGAUAUUGCGAACAGUUAUUCCUAGGCUACUCUAUUUAAAACUUGUAGUUAUUAGCCACAAUAUUUAACACCAGAACAAUUACAUUUUAACACCUAGUCACCAGCUGAGGGCAUUAAACAAUGUUAUAUUCAGUGUUAUAUUUUGUGUUACUUUUCUUCAAAAGUCUUUCUUCAAAAGUCAUUCAGAAGCAGAAAUGCUGGACUGACUUUUACAUAACUAAAAAUGCUUUUGUAGCCUUACUGUACAUCUGAAAAUGAAAUGAGCAAUUUAAUGUACUUAAAAUUAAAUAAAGUACUGCGACAGUCA